CUUCAAACCCCAUCUCACACACAGCUCGUUGAUUCCUCCCUUCCUCUCGUUUCAAACAAUCUCGAUCGUCUUCCUCGAUCACCGUGAUGUCGGCGGGCGGCCUUGACGGCUGCUCGCCGCCGCCGCACCUGCUGGAGGUGACCGUGAUCUCGGCGCAGGACCUGCACCGGGGCCGCCUGGGCCUGGGCCGGCGGCGGGUGCGGGCCUACGCGAUGGCCUGGACCGACGGGGCCCGGAAACUCCGCACAGGGGUGGACCUGGCCGGCGGCGCCGACCCGACCUGGAACGACCGGUUCCUCUUCCGCGUCGACCCGGGCUUCCUCCGCUCCGAGACGGCUUCCGUGGCCGUCGAGGUGCGCGGGGCCCGGAGCCUCCUGGGCGGCGACGCCGUGUUGGGCCACACGCGGAUCGUGGUGAGCGCCUUCGUCUCCGCCAGCCGCGGCGACGGGCGGCCGAUCGGGGGCCGCCAGGUGGCGGCGCUGCAGCUGCGGCGCCCGCGGUCGCUGCGGCCGCAGGGGAUCGUGAACGUGGCCGUGGCGCUCCUCGACGGCGCCACCCACGCCGUGCCGCCCGUCUACAACGCGCCGGGCUCCCCCGACGCGUUCGCCGUCAAGGACCUCAUGGCGGUGGCCGCGAGGCAGCUGCCGCCGGCGCUGGGGAAGAUCGCGGAGGAGGACGAGGAGGAGGGGGGCGCCGUUCUGGAUCACCACGGACGGCGCCGCCGGUUCGUGGAGAACUCCGGCCCGCUGGACGCGAGGGGCGCCGCGGUGGAGCAGAGCAAGCUGGAGAUGAAGCUCGAGAAGUGGAAGGCGGACCUGUCGCCGGACCAUGGGGAGGAGGGCGGCCGCGGGGGCAAGUCUGCGCGGAGGCGCCGCCGCCGGAGCUCCUGCUUCUUCGGCAGCGAGGAGGACUGGGAAAGGUAACUCGUAGGGGGGGAUCAAUCGAGCCGGCGGCUGGAGGGACAUGCCAUGCAUGGAAAGAUUGCUUGGGCCAAAAUAGAAUCUUCCCGUUUGUUUACGGGCUCGUUUCGGAGCAGAUUGAUUUGAUUUUGUUUCUCCUUAUUACGUAUCACCGUAUGCUUCUGUAGCGCGAAGGUACAAUCGCAGAAGAAAAAGGUACAAUUUUUUGGGACCUGUGAAAGUUACAACUAUGCGUUCAUUGCCUUAUUACAAACAAUUUACUUUGUGCGAGAAUAAAAAUUCACGGCAUUUCGUUC